UGAGUUCGGAAUGACUUCGCCUGACACUUCGGCGGCCUGACGGCUUCGAGAGUCUCCAGCGAAUAGCAUACCGAUCCCCCUGCUAGCGAUCGCUCGCUGGAGAUCGUACCGACGCUUCUGCCGCGCUAGCCGUUCAAAGUUAAAGGGCCAGGACCCCCUGCCUUCCGUUUCACACACGAAGGGUAUAAACGACUGCGUGCCAGAGCGAGACGAAGGAGAGGCGAAAACAGUGCAACCGAACCACAAAGUGCAGCGCCGCAAAGUGCAUGCAAAGUGCACAAAAAAAUGGAUGUGUUCAUGAUGAUUCGGCGGCAGAAGACGACCAUUUUCACCGAUGCCAAAGAGACGACACCGGUGUACGAGCUGAAAAAGAUGCUCGAAGGAAUUAUCAAAGUGCAUCCCCGUGACCAACAGCUCUUCAACAAAGACACGGUUAUGGACGACGACAAAACGCUGCAGGACUGCGGGAUCACCGUCGCAACGGCAAAGGCACAGUGUCCAGCCCAGCUCGGGCUAGCAAUACGUAAGGAUGGGCUUUUCGAGGCCCUCGAGCUAACACCCUACUCCUUGCCGCCCGAUCUACCCGAAGUGAUGAAAAACCAGGACACCGCCAACGGGCAGGAUCAGCUGGUCUAGUUAGGGCUGUUAAGGCGGCGGAGGCGGCGAGGGAGAGGGGCGCAGGCAUAAUCAUCAUACGCAGAUUUUCUUUUCGCUUGUUUGUUCGUAUCCCUAUCGUUCUUCUCUUGGCGGCAAUCCCCCCGCAAAAAAAACGCAUGUUCCACACUUAACCACACUGUCUGCCACACCAAACAAACAACCGGUUGUAAUGGAUUAUGGUUCUAGGUUCUUGCUACUAAUUCUCGAUUUAAGACCAGCACUAUUGCCAAUACACUCCGAAGCAUUUCAUUCUUUCUUUUCUUCUGGCAAAUACGUUGAAUUGAAACCGGUGAGCAUGUUUAGAAACCUUUAACCCUGUCCCAUUUCUUCUCAAAUACCCGGGAAGAACAACAGCAUACAGUCCAUAACAUAGCAACCGUCGCCGUGUGCGUGUCGGUGCGCCACCCCGAACAGAGUUUCCUUUUCUUUUCUUGUUUCUAUCUUGGGUAGUUUUAUUCAUACAGCUUUGCAUAAUUAAGUAAUGGCGAGAAAAUAAAACCUUUGAGUUUCGGGAGAAUUGUACGGAGCUACGGUA